AUGAAUUCUUUUUGUUGUUUCCCGAUACCAUUUUUCCAUGAAACUCAAGCAAUUUCCCUUCCUCUGCCUUUCUCUCUCUCUCUCGCCUCUGCCAUAAGCCCAGCCGCAACUACCUUUGUGCGGGUCGUGCGCAUACAUUCACUCAUUCAUCCCCGCCAUCGGGAUACUCCCGCUCGCACGCGGCGGGACAAGAAUACUACAAGCGUUAUCGUUGAGUCAGGCCAAGGUUCCAGGUCCAAUCCGACAUGGCGUGCUCUUCCACGGCCGGGUUGCAGCCAGCAGCCAGCAGCUAGAUCAGGCUGCUUGUUCAGCAUUCCCACUGCUACGGUCCGUCUGUGCCUGCUGAUUCCGCGACAAGCCACAGUGCUUGUGGGGUCGCCCAAAUGCCGACAUCGCUCACGUGAAGCACUCCCACAUGACUAA